GCGUUGACUGCUGGGAAGUUAACAGUACGGAGAGGUCGAUCAAAACAACAGAUGGUCUGCUUUCGGUUUUAAAGUUUGCUUAAGUGUCACCAAAGAUGGCUCUUCACCCACAGAAAGAGGAUUCCUUACUGGUUUGGAUCAGCAGUUUUCAUCUGGGGGACCCAAUUCCCCACCUCGUCCUUCUACAGGAUGGAAUCUUGUUGGUGAAACUAAUCCAGAAAUUGACAAAGUCAGAAAAGGAUGCACAGUCCAUACUGGAUCUGCCAGUUCAAGGAAGACUGGAGUUUGUCUCGAACUUUUUACAGAAGGAUUGCCAGUACAAAGGUGAUAGGGGUGCUAUUAUUUCCUGGGACAACAUCCUAAAUGGGAUUGAUCUUGAUUUGGAGCUGUCAAAGGUGGUUAUUCUGCUGUUGUACCAUUCUGUUAUGAAUGGCCUGGUGGGACAUGACAAGCUGGACUACAAGAUAGAGACUGAACUGGCUUCAGUUCUGCGUUUUGUUCUUUACGAUCAAGACCAGCUUUACCUGAGUGAUAAUUUGGAGAAAUACCUGAGAGGGCAACGAAUUUUUAAUAUCUCUAGCACAUCUAGCACAUCCUCCUUCAGCGAUGAGGAAUCGCCCAUCUUUUCCAUACGACGGAGACCUGCAGUUCAUUUCUUAGAGCUGAAAACUGUGGCAUCGAGCUCUGCUGGGUCACCCAUUCAGGAUGUUCUCAACACACCUCAAUUUCAGCUGAGGAAACUGCAGAAGCAGCUGCGUCAGGAGAGGGACAUGAGAGAUGAGCUGGAAAGAGAGCUGGCCAACAGCCAGCAGAUAAUCGCAGAAAGAGAAACACAGGUUAUCCAGCUUCAGCACAGAGUCCAGCGAAUGAUGAGGGACAGUGCAGAACAUAAUCAGCAGCCUAAAGAGAUGGAGGAGCUUUUGAAUAAAAAUGAAGCGCUGGUGCAGCGACUGCAUGAAGUCCUGAAGCAGUGUCAGGAUCUGAAAACGAACAAGAAUCAAAUGGAGAAGAAGAUUGAUGACCUAACGGAGGAAAAUGGAGUUCUCUCUGUCCAGAUGCGAGAAGUUGCAUCUCACCUGUCGAGUGCCCAGGCAGGACUGGAGAGGCUAACAGCGGAGCAGCAAUCGUCCCAGGCAGAGUGGGAAAGCAAGAGGGCUCUUCUUGAGUUUGAGCUAAGCCAGGCACUCUCUCAGAAAGAGGAUCUAAGUGAACAAAUUCAGAUUUUGCAAGGGAAGAUCUCCAUUCUUGAGGAUGAGCUAAAUAAAGCAAAUGCUGAAACUCAAGAGGGAGAAGUCAUGGGGCCCAUUAUGGAGUGGGAAAGACUAACCCAAGAAAUUGCUGACUUGACUCAAAAGCUCUCCCAGCACCAAGAAAGGAUACUUCAGCUGCAAAAGGAGAAAGACCAAAUGCAGAUUUUACAUAAUGAAGAAAAGGCUAAAUUUGAGGCAGCGAACACUCACCUGGAAGCGCUCAUAUCUGAGCUAAAUAAUACCCUGAGUGUCCAGCAGAAUGAGAGGGAAUUACUGGAACAGAAAUCAAGGGAGCAGCAAGCAAUGCUAAAGACCCAGAUUGAGGCCUUGAGUGCAGAUAUUGCAUCUCUUACAGAAACUGUCCAGCAAAGGGAGUUGGAUGUUCUCAGUUUAAGGCAGCAGGUAGAUGAGGAGCGGAGGCGAGGAAAGGAGCUGACAGAAGUAAUGGCAAAGCAGGAACAGGUUGCCAGUGAAACCAUCCAGGCACUCAGUGAGAGAGUUGACCAUCUGGGGAAUGCCCUGAAAGUGAAGGAAGUGGAAAUGCUUUCCGAAAGAGAGGAGUGGAAUCGACAUAGGUUGGAGCUCUCCCGUCAGCAGGAGGUGUUCAAGGAGGCACAUGAAACUGCCUCCAGAGAAAGGGAUGCUAUUUCUGCAGAGUAUCAUAAAUUUUGCCAGGAGAAACAAGAGGUGGACUGUAAACUGAACCAGCAGAUUAUGCUUCUUGAGGAGCAGCGGCGAGUAGAUCAAUCUUUUUCUUUGCAACUUAGGAGGGAUAAGCAGGAGCUUGAAGAGAAAGUGGCUUCUUUAGAAGCAGCACUUGGUGAACUUGGAGGAAAGUUUCAAAAUUUAGAGCUGGAGAGUGAAAUGCAAAGAAUGGACCACCUGGAACUUGUGGAUUCACUAAAGGUCAAGCUGCAGGAAGCAGAUGAGACCCUUCAAAAGUAUGAAGGAAAGCUAGCUGAUCAUUGCAGAAUUGUUGAGGAGCACAUUGCUCUCCAAAACAAGCUUACAGCUUCAGAAACCUCUGUAAAAGAAUUAGGAGAUGAGCUGGAAGUGGAGAGGAAGAAAUAUGAAGAGGCCAUUGCAGCUAACCUCCAGAAACAGUCCCAAAUGGCAGAAGAAAUUGGGGAACUGGAAAGGAAGACUGAGACAAUGUCAGUGGAGAUGGAACAUCUGCGUAGGGAACUUGGUAAAGCACAGGAAGAGAAACUGUAUUCUGAAGCUUGUUUGGUAAAGCUCACUGAGGAGGGUAGAGAGGUGGCGAAUGCACUCUCUGCAGCACGUGAUCAGGCUUUUCUCACCAUCAAGGAGAGGGAGGCUGAAAUUGUAAAGCUGAGUUCAGAGGCAGAACUCCUGUCUAAUAAGCUCAAACAAGCUGAGGAGACUAAAGCAAAGGAGCUGGCUGCAAAAGAAGAAGAAAAACAAACACUUGCUAAGGAGUUUGAGCAGACCCAGAUGGAACUGGAGGCUCUGAAGAAGAUAAAAGAGGAUAUGCAGCUUAACCAGCAGUCAGAUUUUGAUAAACACCAGUCACAACUCUCAGCACUUCGCCUUGUAAUGACUGAAUUAGAGGAAGCUGUGAAGCAAAAGGAGUCUGACAUUGGGGCUUUGAAGGCCAAACUGUCAGUCAAAGAGGAGGAACUGAAAACUCAACAUGAAUCUAUUCUCAGUCUUCAAAAUGAGAAGGCACAAAAGGAGGAACUCCAAAAACAACUGAAAGAGGAAAAAGAUAGAGCUCUUCUAUACAAAGAAGAUGUGAAUGCCAAAAAUAAGGAGGUUCAACUUUUGAAGACCACAGUGAUGUCAAAAGAUGAUGAAAUCAGUUCUUUACUGCAGAACAUCAAAGCAGGAGAAGAGAAGAUAUCAGUUUCUCAAGAUCUUCUGGAGAGGAAAAUUGAAGAACACAAACAGUCAGUUUCUGCACUGGAACUGGAGUUAUCUGAUGUUAACAAACUCCUAGCAGAGAAGACACUAGCUGUUGAAAUGUUGGAAAAUGAUAUCCUGAGUCUUCAAGGGCAGUUUUCUUUUGAACAUGAGCGGACUGUUUCCCUGGAACAGAGUCUGAAAUUGUCAGAGUCUGCCCUGCAGGAUUAUAAGAGAAAGCAAGAUGCAUUGAGAAAAGAUGUUGUCUCUUCUAAAGAAGUUAUUAGAAACUUAAAGGAAAACCUUGGAGAGGUUAGACAAGAAUGGGAAACAUUUAGAGUCCAUACAGCUGAAAUCAAUGACAACCUACAUGUUGAGCUGGAGAAAAUGGUUGGACAGCUUCAGGUAAAGAUGCAGGAGGAACGUACACUUGCUUCUCAGAAGGAAUCUGAACUAGACUUGCUUCGUUUGGAGCUCAAGGAGAAAGACGACCUGAGAAUCCAAGCAUCUGAAGCCUAUGAGAGUCGCUGUAAGCUAUUAGAGGAUAGAAUUUGUCAGUUAAAUGAUAAAUUGGUGGAGGUAUCCACCCUUGCCUCCGCGAAGGAAUCUGAGCUAAUUUCGCUGCAUAAAGAAGUGGAGGAGAAAGAAAACUUGAGAGUCAGGGCAAUUGAAAAGGAAGAGGUUCAGCAUAAGGAAAUGGAAAGCAGGAUUUCCCAACUUCAGGCUCAGGUGACAGAGUUAUCUAGCCUUGCCUCUAAGAAAGACUCAGAGCUGGACUCUUUGCACAAGGAAAUGAAAGAGAAGGAUAAUCUGAGAGUUAAGGAAAUGGAGAUGGAAGAAACUCUGCGUAAGGAAUUGGGGGAGAGAAUUGCCCAGUUUCAGACCAUGAUGAUGGAGUCAUCGGCCUUUGCUUCUAAGAAAGAAUCGGAGCUUGAGUUUCUACGAAAAGUAGUGGAAAUGGAAGAGGUUCAGCGUAAAGAUCUGGACAACAAGAUCACCCAACUUCAGACUCAGGUGACUGAUUUAUCCACCCUUGCUUCUAAGAGGGAAUCAGAGCUGGAAUCUCUACAUAAGGAAAUGAAAGAGAAGGAUAAUCGGAGAGUUAAGGAAAUGGAGAUGGAAGAGGUUCAGCGUAAGGAAUUGGAAAGCAGGAUUAUCCAGCUUCAAACCAACACAAUGGAGUCAUCUGACCUUGCUGCUGAGAGAAAAUCGGAACUGGACUCUCUGCAUGAGGCAAUGGAGGUGGAAAAGUUUCAGCGUAAGGAACUGGAGAACAGGAUUGCUCAACUUCAGACUCAGGCGACUGAGUCCUCCACCCUUGCUUCUGAGAGGGAAUCGGAGCUGGAAUCUCUACAUAAGGAAAUGAAAGAGAAGGACAAUUUGAGAAUGAAGGUAAUGGAGAUGGAAGAGGUUCAGCGUAAAGAACUGGAGGCGAGAAUUGCCCAAUUUCAAACCCAGGUGGCUGAGUCAUCUGUUCUUGCUUCUCAAAGAGAGUCGGAGUUGGAAUGUCUGCGUAACGGAGUGAAAGAGAGAGACCUUAUGCUAGAUGCGCAACGCAUACAAUUGGAAGGUACUAUAAAUCAACUGAAAGAAGAACUCCAUGCCUCCACCUCCCUUGCUUCCCUGCGUGAACAGAUAAUUGAGAAACUGAAUGAAGAUCUUCGAAGACUUGAUGUUGUACAUCACGAGUCUAUGGAGAGAGACGCUGCCCGGCUGCGUGCUGUAGCUGCCGAGGAGCUGAACAGGAAGGAGUUGGAGGAGACUAUAGCAAAACUCAAGCAGAACAUUUUCCACAUGACCACGGAACGGGAGCAAGCUGAGGAGAGGCACCUACAGCAGGUUAAGUUGCUGAAGCUCGAGAAUGCAACGCUGCUGAACUCUAAGGAAACCUUGCUGAAGGAGCAGGAGCUGUGCAAACAGGCCGAAGCCUCCAUGGUGAGAAAGCUGGAGAUUGCUAAGCAAGAGCUUGCCACACUUCUUCCCCUACGGGAUAGCGUGGCUGAGAAGGACCAGCUCUACAGCGAACUUAAGCAACAGCUGCAAAUCAAAACCGAAGCCCUGGAACACUACAAAUUGCAGGUAGAGAAGGCGAAGACUCACUACAAUGGGAAGAAGCAGCAGGUCCUGGAGGCUCAGGAAAAAGUUCAGACUUUGGAGAAAGCCUUGGAGAGCAAUGAGCAUGAAGUGAAGACUCUGAAGGGCCAAAUGAAGCUUUUGCAGACUUCUCUUGACCAGGCUAAGCUCUCUGAGAAGAACCUGGUCUUGAAAGUCAACAGCUUGCAGGCUCAGGUGGACUAUGCUGACCGGCAGCUACGUGAACAAAUUAAGCUACAUGGAACGGAGGAGACCUUGAACAGGGAGCCAGCGUUGCACCCUGCGAGUGACAAACAGCAGGAAAGCAAUAAGCAGGAAGAUCUCAGCAGGGACAGUCUGGAUUUCACCCUCGAUGAUUCCCUCAAUGCCACUCGGAGACCGUCUGGCCGGGAAGAGUCCAGCACGCCAUUGGUGCGCAGCUCGGAGCGACUUGCAGCCAAGCGUCGGGCCUUGGCAGGAGAGUCGUUGGAGACCCUGUACUUCACCCCAAUGAGCGAUCGUGAGCACACCCAGCGCAAACUGGAGAGCAGCAUUACCUCACUGGGCGAGCUGGCGCUGGACUCGGCCAGGAAGGGUCACUCUGCCCGCCGCAGAACCAAACAGGUCAUCAACAUCACCAUGACGAAGAAGACGCCAAUGAGAGCUGACGCUGACAGCGAGAACGAGUCGUUCUACAGCCUGCAGUCUGCGCAGUCCGUCCCUAACCUGACGUCUCAGAGAGGCCGCUUCGUCUCCAUGGAGAUGUUUGAAGAGCCCCUUUCUGGCGACCAGCUGCGGAACUUGCCGGGGUACCGGCGGAGCACAGCUCACAGUACCGCCUCACAUCGCAACUCCAGCACGUUUGGUGUCGGUGCUGAAAACGAACCGGACCUGACCGAUGACUGGAUGCGCAUUGCUGAGCUGCAGGCUCGCAACAAGGCCUGUCUGCCUCACCUGAAGAGUAGCUACCCCCUGGAGUCCAGGCCCAGUAUAGGAAUCCCGUCCUUCGUCGUCACAGACGAAGACCUGAGAACGGGUGACCCAAACGAGACGAUCCGACGGGCCUCGAUGCUGCCGGGGCAGAUCGCUACUGCUGUGACCUCUCAUAGGGCCACUCUGGCUCCUAAACUAGCUGCUAAUGGGGGGCCAAAAACAAGUGGAUCCACUCUCUCUUUGAAACGCAGCUCCAAUGACAUCCAGGGGCUGGACACACCUGAGGCUAAGAAAACGGCCAGCUGCUUCCCCCGUCCAAUGACCCCAAAGGACCGAAAUGACCGUCGCUUUGCCUCGCAAAACAAUCAAAACAGACCUCCGAAUACUCCCGUUGAGCGCAGGCAGUCCAUGAUGUUUAGCAUUGAAAACACACCCAAGAAGAAUGGUAAGAGCAGCAUCCUGCAGAGAGGAAUCAACAAGAUGCGUGGCAGCACGAGGAAAUCUCCCAGCUCAGUGAGCCGUGUUGCCCGCUCCGGGAAGUCACCGAGCGUGGACUCGGCGAAACCGCAGCGCCGUUCGCCACGCAUCGCUGUUGGAAAGUCCCCAAAAAUCACCGCAAGUGCCAAGAAGAUUAUGAAUUAUAGAUCACGGAUGAAGGUUUGAAUUAAUGUUGGGUGUGCCCCUUGACAGCUGGACAAGA